AUGAAUUUUCUACUUUAUGCUGGAAAUUUUGAGAUGGAGUUACCUAUACCAUUUUAAACAAAUGAUUAAUCAGCUAAGGCAAAGGAAAUGUUUGAUUAUUUGAGUUAAGGGUUUUAGGGUUAAAAUGUUUAAAUUGGAUUUUAAUUACAAGAUGGUCAAUAGGGGUACUUGGAUCCUGCCGUUGAUCUAAAAUCAAUAUAUGAUGCAAAUGCUUAAUUAUUUAUAAUGGUAGGGGGUGAUUAAAAUGUUGUUUAAAAUGAACUUUAGAAUCCUGUUGCUGGUUAAGGUGUACCUGUUGCUGGUCAAGGUGUACCUGUUAACACUUUUGUAGCAGAUUUCGGUGAAAAUAGAUAAAUAGCUUAGGAAUAUGCUGAUCCAAACCUAAGUAUUGGAUAAUAUGUUAUCUAAUUGGGAUUAUAAUACGGUCUGACAGUUGAAACAAAUAUUCUAUAUGAUCAUGAAGGAAAUCAAUUGACUGAUGAUCAAAACUAAUAUCUUGGAAGUUUUAUGAAUUAUCCCUUUUUGAAUUUGGUACUUACAACAUCUUAACAAAUAAUUCAAAAUAAUCCAUAAAAUCAAAAUAAACUCAAUAGUAAUCCAAUCUAAAGCCCAAUUCAAUAGCAACCUAGAUUUUAAAAUGAUCCUUAACCAAACCUUUAAAACCUUUAGCCAGUUCAGGCACUGUAGCCAGCAGUAGCAGCUAGUCAAUAAGUUGGACUUCCUGUUGAAUAAAGAAUUUAAUAAGUCAAGGAUUCCGUAGUAACUUUAAAGAAUAUGACUCUUUACUUCGAUCCAUCAGGAGAAUUCAUUACCUACUAAUACCAUCACCCAAUAUAAGUGACCGGCAGCAUAAAAAAAUCUUAGACUACAUCAAAUCAAAAAUUCAGUAAUUCAAAGAAUACAUGGUCGAAAGUUCACAACAAUAAAUUUGAAAUUGCAUAACUUGAUGAAUAUAGUUUUGGAAUCAAAUGGGAAGGAGGCAAUUCAAGUCGUUUAAGAAUUAAAUAAUAAUGAUAAAACAAUAAAUGGGAAAAUGAUAUUAUUCAUCAAUAUAUUAUUAAUAUCUUUAUUAAA